AUAUAGAGAAGCGAAUACCACUAUGGCGGCAGAAGCUCAAGUGAAGUUAAAAGACUUUGGGGGCAUAUUCUCUCUUGAAGGGAAAGUCGCUGUUGUCACCGGAGGGUCGAGAGGACUGGGCCUGCAUGCUGCUAGCGGUCUUCUUCAAGCUGGCUGUUCAAAGGUGUACAUCACUUCUAGAAAGGCGCAAGCUUGUGACGAAGCAGUUGCUGCCCUUAAUGCCUUGCCAAAUAAAAGACCCGGUGCUCGAGCCUACUCUGUGCCAGCAGAUAGCUCCAAGGUUUCGGAUAUUGAGCGACUAGUGGCAGAAGUUAGCAAGACGACAGACCAUGUUGAUAUUCUCUUUGCCAAUGCUGGAGCUACGUGGGGCGAGAAGUUCGAUACACAUCCCGAGCAUGCGUUCCAGAAAGUGAUGGACCUCAAUGUUAAAAGUGUCUUUUAUACGGUACAAAAAUUUGCCCCAUUGCUCGAAAAGUCAGCGUCCAUCGAUUCCACUUCCCGUGUGAUAAUCACCGCAUCGGUUGCCGGAAUCGGCAUGGGCUCUGUAGGCGACAAUGCUACUUUCAGCUAUUCCGCCUCCAAAGCUGCCGCCAUCCAUCUGGCCAAGAACCUCGCCGUCGCCCUUGGGCCAAGACAUAUCCUUACCAACGCAAUCGCGCCUGGCUUCUACCCGUCUAAAAUGGCAAAUGGUAUGAUAGAGACGCAGGGAGGUGUUCAGGCAAUGGCUGCACAGACGCCUAAUGGCAAAUUAGGAGAACCUGAAGAUAUUGCGGCGCUCGUUGUAUUCCUGGCUGGCAGGGGAGCGAACCAUAUCAACGGUGCUGUCAUUACAACUGAUGGCGGAGCUGUGUUGAAAGGAAGGAUGUAA